AGCCUUCGCCGAGGGGCCCCGGGUUCUCGCCUCUCCGUUCCAAACCUUGCCAACAACGUCAGGCGCAGCUGCCGGUCGCCCGGCAAACGCACCCAACCCGGCUGCGAUUGAUGUGCCCUGCCGACCCGGCAACAUGUCUACCCCACUGACGGACGAGGAGACGCGAACGUACACCCGCAUCAUCGAUGGCAUUCUUGCGACGGUAGACCUGCAGACUGUGACGCGCAAGAAGAUUCGGCAGGGUCUGGAGGCGGCCAUUGACAAGGACCUCAGCGAUCAGAAAAACGCGAUCAAGACCUUGAUCGAGGCCCGCUUCGACGCCAUAUCUUCCGAGGCUGCUCAGGCCAUCCCAACCCCCACAUCCGGCGCAGCCGCCGAGUCGUCUCCCAAUCACGACGCCAACGGUCGGUCGCCAUCCGAUGACGCAGACGACGAUAGGGGCGCUGACGGCGAGAUCCGAGUCUCGUUGCCGCCGGCUAGCAAGAAGCAGAAACGGGAAAGCUCGACAGAGGAUGCCGAUGCGCGCUUGGCCGCCGAGCUGCAGGCACAGGAGAAUAGGCUGUCUCGCGGCCGGGUGACCCGCGGUGCCGGUGCCGGGAAUGCCAAGGCGAAACCCAAGACCAUCAAGAAGAAGAAGAGCGCGAAGCGGGUGCGCUCUGACGACGAUGACUCCAAUGCCGAGGAUUCGGACGGCGGCGACAAGCCGAAGCGGAAGGCGGGCGGCGGCUUCCAGAAGCCAUUCAUCCUCAGCGACCCGCUGGCAGAGCUGUGCGGUGAGAGCCAGCUGUCCCGCCCGCAGGUCGUCCAGAGACUCUGGAAGUAUAUCAAGGGCAACAACCUCCAAGACCCGAACGACGGGCGACAGAUCCUCUGCGACGAAAAGAUGAGAGCCGUCUUCAAACAGGACAAGGUGACCAUGUUCACCAUGAACAAGCUUCUAGGGCACCAGCUGUAUCCCAUCGACGAGUAGGCAACCGGCUCGGUUCGCGCGGAGCUGGGAUUUGCAGGCUAGGUCGGCGUGCUUGGCGUCUUGGGACAGAACUUGCUUUGGGAUCGGAGGAUUAUGCGCUCAUGCCUUUUCUCUUUUUUACCCUCCUCGCUUGCCUACUCA